AUGGCUGUACUGAUGUGUGAGCGUGCAACACAAUCGUUAGAAAACGUUGUUUCACUUUUGUGCAAUAUAUCCUCAACAUAUUAUGCUUAUUGGUAUCAACGUGGUAUGACAUCAUUAUUAGAAAUUAAUCAAACACAUUUUCAAACAAAAGGACGUUGUAUUGAAAAAUAUCAUUCCGAUCAAUAUGUAUUUAGUGAUCAAGUUAAUCGAUGUAAUCGAUGUAUACUAUUCGUUCAACGGCACAGAAAUUUAUUACAAUAUCGUGAAAGUGAAUGUAACGAAGACACAUCAAGUUCUACGUGUUCAUUUACUCCAGAUGCUGAUCUCUACACUCUUCAUCGAAAUGAUUCGAAGCCAGAACCGUGUCCAAUUUCACCAUCUUAUUCUUUAACAUAUACAAAACAUGGACAUGCAUGCAAUAAAUCCGGUUCUAUUUUGGCCGAAUGCGCAAAUGAAAAUCAGUUUCGUUUACAUUUUGCCUGUUUGAAUAGUACUAUUCAAUUAACUUGUGUUGCCACAUGGACCGAAGGUUUUCACAGUUAUUUUGCUGCACGAACAUAUCAAGAUCAUUAUAUUUGUUUCCAUUAUUCAACAAAACAUAGCCGAAUCACUUCAUUUGAAAUGAGUAUGGCUAGUUCGUGUACAGAUGCGGCUAACAAGCACACAGCUACAGUUAUGAAUCUUUCAUCGACCCGUCAUACGGAGUUACCUUGUACAUAUCCCGAAUGGCUAUAUCGUGAAUGGAAUUCAUUAAAUAAUUCAUUGCAUGUCACAAUUAAUAAUGGGGAAAUUGAAUUGAAUACCGGUGAUUAUGAUAAUUCAAAACGUUUUCAUUGCAUCACGUUACUACAAGCAUUACCAAAUAAAAAUACUCAAAUAUAUCUAGUCCGUUCAUUUGUAAAUUGUCACGUAAUUGAAAAAUGUCUUACUAUUAUUCAGCGUUCGUCAAAUGUCAUAGAAUUAUUAACUGGGCCUAAGGAUGAAUGUACAAAUGAAGAUUUAUUCGAUUUGAAAUUAACAUUAUUUACGAAAUCACUAGAUUCAAUUGAACCUUGUCCAACGAAUCUUGGUCAUUAUUCAUUAUCACCUAUUCUUCAUAAUACUAAAACAUCUAGACGUAUUUAUCAUGUAAAUAAUUUAUGUAAAAAAAUUCGUUCGGUCCAGUUAUCUGUGGGAUGUUAUAAUGAUAAAAAAUUAACAACAACAUUUCAUUGCAUUGAACCAUUUGGAACUGAUGUUGAAGAACAUCGCUCAUUCAAACAUGAUGAUAUUUGUUUGGCAUCAUGGCAACAAGAUACAAUACAAUAUUUGAUUGUUCAAUCAUCUUAUUCUAAUCAGGCAUAUUGUAUGAACAUUAUUACACACGUAGACGAUAUUUAUGCUCAUGAUAAAAAAAUUUAA